UCUACCUGGUUGGAACACACUGCUCCGCGUCCCUGUGUCGAAUCCGCCGCUCACACACACACACCCGCCUCGCCUUGCCACCACCUACCCAAGCUCCUAGCCCCGUCAUCCCUCCCGUCAGCCACCCACAGUCUACCUAUUCACCUAUCCAGCUCCUCUCCACCCACUGUUUCUACACCACAAUCACCCACCGCCUGAUUUUUGCUGACACUGUUAACUAGUCCAACUGUUCAUUAUCUUUAAGGCGUUCACACCUCGACACGCGCCUGGUGUGUGUAUCCUUCGCCCCCUCCCCCGACCCCACAGAGGACCCAGGCCACAUCUUCGCCCCGAGGAAAGAGGACUAUGCUUGAGACCAACCUCCUGUACCUGGCUAAUUAACCUUCUGGGUGGUGGAGCCUUCAGGAGGGAUGACUGACAUGGGUGGCCAACCAUCCCCUGAGUAACGCUCCCAGGUGGGUCGUCGUCACGUUACUACUGUUGUUACAUCAUCGUCGUCGGGUCCUCGUCAUUCGUCGCCUUCAGAAGUCUUGCCAGAGCUCACCAUUGUGUGUGUGUGCCCUCCCGACAAUCCGCUUUGUUGCUCUCAAUCCCCGGGUGCCGCUCUUUUUCAGUAUGAAGUCGCACCUAAAAUAUGACUUCCUGGAUUCAUAACAAGAUCCUUUUAGGACACUUUUAACUUCACUGUUAUAUAAAGAGCAGGUAUUGUUUAUAUAGUUUACUGUACGAGUGUUGGUGUACGACAGAGAACACUUCCCAAGUUGUCACUGGACAGAAGCAGAUACUCUGGUCAACAAGCAACUUGAUUACGACUCUGACUUGGUAUCAAUCGGAUGACAUAUUAAGAAAAAUUAGUCCUACGACUCGAUGCAUAUUCUUGGGGAGGAGGAAAGAUCCAUUAAGACAACGAGGAUUCUUCUACCAGACGAACACUGAUUUAAGAACUGGCAACAGAAAUUUCAAGAAAGAGUAAAUAGUCACUGUGAGGGAGGUGAGGGAGGCGUCCUUGUGCUGUGUGUAGGAAGGAACACGACUGGGGCAGGUGUAGUGGUCAUAAGGGGCUCGCUCACCUGUUCCCCGCUGGACCAUCUUCUCGUGAGGGGUGCGGCCCGGCGUGGCCCAGACUGGAACAGAGGUGGGCGGAGGUACGGGCGGCAACCAUGGUGGGUGCACCAGCCCUGUGGCACGGGUUUGGGCGUGGGCGUGGGGGAGGAUGAGGCGCCGGGAGUUUCAAGAGGUGGCGCUUUCUCUUACGGCGCCCGGCACCGUCCUAGGAGACGACUCGCGGGAACCCAACCAAAGCUCUCCCCCAGCAGCAGCAGCCUUCACCAUAAGGAGGCAGUCCUCCGUCGAGAAACAGCAGCAGGGACAACGAAGAUCAACAGUACAGCGACAACAGAUAUUAACGAAUAGCAGACACAGUCUGCAGACAUUAUCGAGAUCGUCGACGGCGUCAACAAUACGGGAUUCAGACACAGACACCGCUGACUACGAGUCCACCCCCGUCAACGACCUCUCGGCCUCCACGCGGCCCAAACACCGCUCUGCCUCCUCUUCCCUGGCCAGAAACAGCGGGUCACCCGUGGCUACCACCAGGCCAUCUGUGGCCGGGAAAACCGACCCCCCGGCGUCCAAAAGCGGUCGGCCUCUGAUCAAAAGUGAAAAGUCUCUCCUGGGUCGAAUCGUGUCAUCGAGGUCCCGGAAGACCAAUCCUGGAAACGAAAUGGAUACCAAAGGCCCCACGCCGCCCCCGUCCACCACUACCGUCCAUCACCCCGUCCACGCCGCCCAGCGCCACCCACACAUGGAGGACAAGUGCUUGGAUGAGCGGGUCGACGGGUGGAUCCUCGCCCUGAAGACUGCCUUAGACUACGACGCCCAGGACCGACACGAGGAAGCUCUCGACGCUUAUAAUAGACUGAACAUGCAUAUCACCAAAGGGGCUAUUUAUGACUAUGAGCAACUGACCUGCGACCAGAAGAAGUUGCUUGGCCAAGUGCUAACCUGCCUUGACCUGAGGGCACAGCAGCUGAAGGCAAGUCUUAAGGGGUCGCGGGGUCAGAUUAACAAACCAGGAUUUGCUUCAGCAGCCCCGACCUCAAAAGACCUGACCGCCAUGACGCCCGAGGCUGUAGCAGUGAGGGAGUUGAGUAAGUGUGUGGAUGUUCUAGAGACAAUUCGAAGGAUGGGAUCAAAGGCCACGGUGCCGGUGGUGCUGGUGUACCGGGAACGUAAGCACCGGACGCACCACCGCUACGAGGAGAAAGGACAAAGCAAUAAGGUGGUCUUUGCUAAAGAAAAACGUGAUUUCUUAAGCUUACUGGGUCUCCCUGGUGCCAUGAUCACCGAGAAGGGAAUUGAUUUCACCGUGCGGCCCAACACGGCGUCCGUCCACAAGCGGCAGAGGGAGGCAGCCAUGAAGAACAACAAUUCCACCAACUCCACCGAAGUCGGAGAACUGGAACCUGAUGAGAAGAAUGGCGGAGCUGCUGUCCAGACCGAUCUUGACGACUCUGAAUCAUCACCGAGAACAACACGUAAUAUCUUGGUGCAGUACCUACCAUUCAUGAAAAAAGGCUCAGUGAGCCCCCAACCAGAUGAUGUGAGCACCACUGAGGAGGAGGAGGAGGAGGAGGAGGAGGAGGAGGAAGAGGAGAAUGCAAAGGAAGGAGAGGGGGAGGAAGGUGAAGAAUUCGCAGAAGUGCGGUCGACACUGAGCUGUGACAGUUGCAGCUCAGAUGAGACCAGUGAGACCGACGAUGAGUCCGACUUGAACACUGAUGUUGUGGUGCCCACCGAGUACGUGCACCAAGAGUCCCUCAAGCCCCCGCCCUUCCAAGAAGUGGGUAACACUUACAUCAUACUCGCCAUGGAGAAGCUGGGUGUCAAGAGCACUUCCCGCCUCGUCUCUCCCUUUCUUAGGGUUUCUGUCAGAGAUCCCCAGGGCGAGCUGGUGGGGUCAGCGAGUGUGAUCCAAGAGACAGGUGUGUGGGAGAUUGUCAACAAGAAUUACCUGCAGGCGCCUUCCCAGGUACAUCUGCAGCAUGCCCUUGAGGAGCUGCCAGAAGACAUGGCCAUUUUCCUGGAGCUGCGUCACCACCGGCCAGAGCGAGGUGUGGUCUCUACACUCUGCUAUACCUUCCUAGAGCGUCAAGACCUCUCCAACGGCGAGUUUGUCUGUGAGCUGUACAAUCCACCAGUGGACUAUACGAGGAAGGCGCUCAACACUUAUACUGAGAAGGCUUUCUUCCUCCACCUUGAAGUCAAACUCACAAUGGCCAAGUGCGAGGUUGAGUCCCUAGAGUCACCACAGUCCUUCAACUCCAGCUGAGACAGAUAAAUAAUAUUUGUGGUUGACUGUCUUCAAGCACAUCUGGGUAUUUGACCAACUUCAAGCAAAAUACAGCAUACAGUCAGUGCAUUUGACUGUUUUCAGGUGAGAGCUGCCAUCUGUGCACUUAACUGUUUUCUGCUGAAAGUUGACAUCUGUGUAUUUGACUGUCUUCAGCCCAGUCACAACAAGAUCUCAUAUUAAAUCAUAUUUUCCUUGAGACAUAAGUUCUGAAGUGAACUUAAAAGUGUAGUCUAUCUCUACAUAACUUCUUGGCAUUGUCCUUCUCUUGUUUGUCACAACCAAGCCUUGAAAGCUACUGUGCUGUAUAGGCAUAAAGCUAACAGACAGCACCCACCCUCUGGUAUGAGUUGCCAGAGAGAGUUCACUAACGCAGUGUUUCUUGCACUUUUGGUAUCCUACCUAAAAGUCUUCAGAGAAUAUAUUAUAUGAUUAUGAUGUACAGUAUUUGGAAGAUAUUAAAUGGCAAGAUAACUGUUUAGAAAAAAGAGUAAUCACAGUUUAAGUGCUGCAGCCCAUAAAUACUGAAAUAUGUGUCAUCUAUAGAGCUUAUAACUCAAGAAAAAAUUCCUAUUUUUGCUGUCUUGAAAAAUUUACAACAAAAACAAUUAAAAUUCUACUAGUACAGUAUUAAGUUUAAUCACACCUUUAUCACUGAACUGAUAAAAAUAUCCUAGACAGACUUAACUCCAUGAAAACAUAGUAAAAUAUUAAUGACAUUAUUUAUGAAAUCUAGAAAGCAAAAAGUAGUAUUACAGGUGUUACUGUUGAGACUGAGUAAACAUAUAGCCCAUUGUAUUUUGACAGUAACUGUAUACAGUAUAGUCUGCAUUUACGCGGUCAAUUGAACCCGUGGAGGUCCGUGUAAAACGAGAAACGUGUAAACGAAAUAACAGAACAUAUGGGAUUAAUUGAAAUAGAG